CCUGCUUAUAAUUACUUCGACCGCCCAAGUUCUAUGCCAGCAAAGCACGCCUGGUGACCGCCGAGCUCCGCCCACCGCCUAUCAACAAGGUUGCCAGCCUGAAGCGAGGGUGAGUGCGUUGACUCAUGCCCUCCGUACACACCCUUUCUUCCACUGCAUCGUCCUUUUUCCCCAGCUCUGCCGGUAUUCUGCGAUGCAAUAUCUCGAAGGCACCUCGGCCUCGAUGCUUCAUCAAUUUCAUCGCUCGCCGAUUCGCCCUGCAUCGUCAUCAAUCGUCCCGCAAUCUCAUGAACGGCCUCUGUGCUUUGGUGACUAUCCGAAACUGACAAUGCCAUUUGGGCGUAGUUCAGAGCACGAUUAGCCCUGUCGAGUCGCGCGUUUAUCGCCUAGCCCUUCCAUAAUGGCCUCCUCAUCGUCGAACGUGGUUGGAGUCCACUACAGAGUAGGGAAGAAAAUCGGGGAGGGUUCCUUCGGUGUCAUCUUUGAGGGAACGAACCUCCUCAACAGCCAGCAAGUUGCCAUCAAGUUUGAGCCUAGGAAGAGCGACGCUCCUCAACUCCGCGACGAGUACCGGACUUACAAGAUUCUCGUUGGCUGCCCUGGCAUUCCCAAUGUCUACUACUUCGGUCAGGAAGGUCUCCACAACAUCCUGGUCAUCGACCUGCUUGGCCCGUCGUUGGAAGAUCUUUUCGACCACUGCAACCGGAGGUUCAGUCUCAAGACCGUCUGCAUGGUCGCAAAGCAAAUGCUGUCGCGUGUCCAAACGAUUCAUGAAAAGAACUUGAUCUACAGAGACAUCAAACCCGACAACUUCCUCAUCGGCAGGCCCGGUACCAAGACAGCCAACGUCAUCCAUGUCGUCGACUUUGGUAUGGCGAAGCAGUACCGCGACCCCAAGACCAAGCAGCACAUUCCCUACAGGGAACGCAAGUCACUGUCUGGCACAGCCAGGUACAUGAGUAUCAACACGCACCUUGGCAGGGAGCAGUCGAGGCGAGACGACCUCGAGGCCCUGGGCCACGUAUUCAUGUACUUCCUGCGUGGCGGCCUGCCUUGGCAAGGUCUCAAGGCUGCCACCAAUAAGCAGAAGUACGAGAAGAUCGGCGAGAAGAAGCAGACGACGGCGAUCAAGGACCUUUGUGCGGGCUUUCCCGAGCAGUUUGAGAAGUACCUCACGUAUGUGCGCGGCCUGGGCUUUGAAGACGAACCCGAUUAUAACUACCUUCGGGGUCUCUUCACAGAGGCCCUGCAAGUAGCGGGACAAGUCGAGGAUGGCGAGUACGACUGGAUGAGGAAGCAGGACAAGAAGGGGGACUGGAACCGCCAAGCCCUGCACGACCCAAACUCUCGGCCCGGGGCUUCGGCCAUGGAGCUCCACGGCAACUCACGGGGGGCUACCACUCGUCACCAAAGCGACCCGCAAGCCCCGGGACUGACGGCCGCUCGUUUAAACGCGACGCAACCCCCGCUGCCGCGUCAGGCGAUAGGCCCGCAGAGUCAAGGGCGGCCAAACGGCCCCGCAUUGGCAAGCCCGCGCUCGGCGGUUGGGGGUUAUAUGGCAGCGGCGCCGACACCGACGGGUUCCACCCAAGCGCAAUUUCAGACGAGCACCCAGAACCUGCCCCAGCGGCCCAUGACGCAGUCUCCCCAGAUGAACAGCCCACCCCAGCAGCAGAAUAAUCCUCAGCAACCACAGCCAACCGGCUUCCAGAAGUUCAUGAAGACGCUCUGCUGCGGCUAGCAGCUUGAGAAGCUUUGAUCCUCGGGUUUCGUUGAGCCAUCUGGCACCCUGUUGAGUGAGCAAG